AAAAGAGAUGUUUGGGUGUCUCUCAUGCAAACGCAACAAAGAAAAUCUUUUCUUCCUUUCAAACCUAAAGUAGAAACCUUCUUCCUCUCAAGUUCUUGGGUUUAGAUCUUCAUCGUUAUUUUCCAUAAAAGAUUUUAUGUUGGUGUUGAAGACACUGCUUCACAUUGGCAUGGAAAAAAUCGUGCCUGACAAGCACUCAAGAAGACACUCAACAGGGAACUUAGCCUUUGAAUACGCAGACGUUUCAAGUCGAUAUCUGAAAGAUCCAGUUUCCUCCUGCCACGACAACUGCAAACCCGAAAGCACAACUCCUGCCCCACCCGAAAAAUCAAACAAAACUCCUCCAAUUUCCAAGAGAAUCUUUUCGCAAUUAAUCCCCAAACAUUCCACUAAAGAUGUCAAGACCACCACCACUUCCCUUCUCAAACCUCUCCCCAUGGAACCUAAAAAACAAAAUUUCUUGAAGUCAAAGUCCAAGAUAAAGUCAACCGAUCCGUUUUAUAUCCCACCUUCAACAACUCAUAGAAGGCGUUACAGUGAGAUCCUCCUACCCACCGGUGGUUUGGGAGAUGUUCUUGAUCAACCACCAGUUCCAGGUUUGACCAGAUCUAGGAGUAGUAGUAAAAAGAUCGAACCAAAAAAAGAUCCAAAUUCAAAUUCAAAACCAAACUCUGUGAAAACAUUGGAAAAUGGCAACAUUUCUAAAAAGGUGCAGACUUCAAAACCCCAAAAGCCAGUGGUUGACCAUGGUUCAAGAAAGUCAAAGCCCACAAAACCUGUUGAAGAAAAGACCGAUGAAACUCGUAUUUCAACUUCUAAUAGUGAUGAGAGAGUAAUUGAAAAUGAUUCCAAUGAAAGUCAGAAAGAUGAAACCCUAAGAAGUGAUGAUUGGAAUGAUGAAUCGGAGAUCCCUUCAACGUCAAAGAAAGAUGAAACCCUAAGAAGCCAUGAUCAAAGCAACGAUGGUGUAGCAGCGGCUUCAGGAGGAAAGAAACCAGAAACACCAAGACGGGUUGGAAAGUCGGUGAAGGAAAACGGAGAAAAUUUGGCUCAGAAGAUCAAACUUAAGCAAGGGAAGAUUGUUGAUGCGCAGUCUUCUGGGUGUAGCACUCCAACUAAGCAUAAGUCGAGGCAACAAGUGUUGGAUGAGAAAAACCAAAGCCAAAACCAAAAUCAAGAUGAUGAUGAUAAGAGGGGGAGUUUGAGGAGAAUGCCUUCUGGUGGUGGGUUACAACGUCAGGGAAGUAGUAAGUUAGUGAAUGUGGUUCUUAAAGCUCAAGAAGUGGAAAAGAAUAAGAAUAAACGACAUUCGGGUUUAAAUAAUGUGAUUGAAGAGACCGCUAGUAAGCUUAUUCAAACCAGGAAGAGCCGAGUCAAAGCUCUUGUUGGUGCUUUCGAAAUGAUCUCUGAAUCCAAAUUAUAAUACGUAUAAUCAUAUUCCUGUAUUCUUUAUCUUCACUGGGAUUUUAAUUAUCUUUGGACAAAUUUGUUAUAGAGUUAUGUAUAUAUUUGUUAUAUGCACACCAUGUGAAAUUUAAAAACCACAAUCAAGAAAGAUGAAAUAGAAUUAGAAGCCAGUCUGUCAUUGGAGAGAGAUUUGGGAAUUGGUUUGAUUUUCAAAAAGUUUUCUUUCAUGAAUUCUCAAUUUUCAUUUACAUUUAAAGCGGUGAUUCUGUUGAAAAGAAGAAUUCUGCUCUGUCGAUGAAGCUCGUGGGGAAUCUUGAA